AUGAACCCGCAAGUAUCAGGAGCAGGUAGUCACCGGCACCUCCUCAUCCAACCCACCACCGCCGUCUCCCUACCACCACCGCAGUAUUCCGAAGCCGACAAACCUCCAAAUCGAGACCCAUAUCUCCAUUGCAGUGAAGAAAGGAAGAAUCCAUACAUGGACGAACAAACAAUCCAGUCAGAGGAGCCCCACCCCCGGCUCAAACCGGAAUCCUCAUCACCUCAAUCUUCCAUUCCUUCUCAACCACCACGACCACCAACAGACGAGGAGUCUUUUACUUCCGAUAUUUCCCAAAUUGCCACUUCAAACCCCUCCAAAAUCCCAAUUCGCCCGCAGAAAAUCCGAAAACUCUCGUCAUCAGCUGCUAUUGGCUCUGUAAUGGAAGAAAUUAAGCCUCAAUCGACAAUCGCAGAAGCCGAUGCAUCCAAAGCCAUUGUCCUUUCCACCACCACAACAGCUGUCGUAACAAAAAACCGUCGUCGGAACCCUUCGCGCUCAGCGCUGGAUUUGCCAAAAGUGAUAAAACCGUUAUCCGCACAGGGAGAGAUCUCCGUCGCUCUUCGCCACCUCAGAUCCGCUGAUCCUCUCCUUGCUAACUUAAUCGACAAUCACCCGCCGCCGACAUUCGACUCACAUCAAGCACCUUUUUUGGCUCUAACUAAAAGCAUUCUUUAUCAACAACUCGCCUACAAGGCAGGCACAUCGAUAUACACCCGUUUUGUAAACCUCUGCGGCGGCGAAGAUGGCGUAGGUCCGGAAACUGUUCUUUCUCUUACUCCCCAGCAGCUUAAGCAAAUUGGGGUUUCCGGGCGUAAAGCAAGUUACCUCUAUGACCUAGCUAACAAGUAUAACAAUGGGAUUUUAUCCGAUGAAUCGGUUGUAAAAAUGGAUGAUAGGUCUCUUUUCACAAUGCUUUCAAUGGUCAAAGGAAUUGGGUCAUGGUCUGUCCACAUGUUUAUGAUCUUUUCGCUACAUAGACCGGACGUUUUGCCUGUUAGUGAUUUGGGAGUUAGGAAAGGAGUGCAACUCUUGUAUAUGUUGGAUGAGUUGCCUAGGCCGUCACAAAUGGAGCAGCUUUGUGAGAAAUGGCGGCCUUAUAGGUCGGUUGGGGCGUGGUAUAUGUGGCGGUUUGUCGAAGGCAAAGGCUCGCUGGCUGCUGGAGCAGCAGCUGCUGCUUUAGUGAGUAAUGGUAUUAUUGGGCAGCAGCAAUUAGGCCAGUCUGAACAGGCACAACAACAGCAACAACUCCAGUUGCAGCUUUUGGAACCCAUCAAUAGCAUUGGAAAUCUCGGGGCUUGCAUUUGGGGCCAAUGAGAAAGUGAAGUUACACAGGAAAGUUGUGAAGCAGAUUUUGAUUGAUUGAUUGAUUAUUAUUAUUAGGUAAUGUAAAUGGAUUUGUGACACAUAAUAACACCAGAAGUG